UUCGAACUUAGCGUUCCAUGCGUGCGUCAUGGAACCUUGGAACGCUAAGUACGAAAAGAUCGUCAUAAAAAUAGAAAAUCACUAGUCAUCGAAUUUAUCGGAUUUGUUCGUUGCUGUUGUUCCGAACAGGGAGUCACUACUUAAAGUUGAAAACAGGAUUUUAGUAAACACGUAAAUUGAUAAGAGGACUUGCGAUAAAUGAGCUAAUAGCAGUAACAGUUGGUGUCUUUGAUUCCUAAUCAAUCGCUUAAUUUAACGAAUAAUGAGGAACACACGCGACAGCCAUCAGAUUAAGGUCAAAGAGUAACUGUCUGUAUGUUAAGUGUUAGUUUGUGUGUGUCGAGUAUAUAAGUUUAAAAUUUGAACAGUGUUUUUAUAUUAAUAGAUAUUUCUAUAAAUGGAUUUUUGUUGUUUACUCUGUUUCUCUAGUUCAAAUUUCCUUUGCAUUUUUAUGCGCUUCCGAAAUGAAAUUUAAGUGCUUUAAUAUUAUUUACGUCUACAAUAAUGACUAGUUGGGCCGGAAAAUUACAAAAUCAAAUAUUCCACAAGGAACAAUUCGACAGUAUCACACUGACCGAAGAUUGUCUGGAUAAAAGCUUGGACUUUAAUUUCAAGAAGCUUUACUCGGAUUCCGACAAUGUUUUUUCCAGUGAAGAGGAUAUUAAUGAGAAACAAAGUUCCGCACAACAUACAGUCUCUUUAGAUGAAAUUUGUACGAAUAUUAACCCCGAUUCUAAAGAUAAAAUGCCGAGCGAACCAUUUCCUACGAUAAUUACUUCGACUGAUCCCGAUACCAAAGAAAACGCAGUUAACAGAUUUCGUUGCGACUUCGAAGGCUGCUCCAGAACUUACAGUACAGUUGGCAACCUCAGAACACACCUAAAAACUCACAAAGGUGAAUACCGAUUCAAAUGUUCAGAAUCAGAUUGCGGGAAAGCCUUUUUAACAUCCUACAGUUUGAAAAUACACAUUAGAGUCCACACGAAAGUGAAACCUUACGAAUGCCAGGAGCAAGGGUGCGACAAAGCCUUCAACACGAGGUACAGGUUGAGGGCUCAUCAGCGUUUGCACAAUGGCAGAACCUUUAAUUGUGAGUCAGAUGGAUGUAAUAAAUUUUUUACCACUCUCAGUGAUCUAAAAAAACACAUACGAACUCAUACCAGAGAAAAGCCUUAUAAGUGCACCUUCGAUUUGUGCGGUAAAGCCUUCACGGCCAGUCAUCAUCUAAAGACCCACAUCAGGAUACACACUGGCGAGAAGCCUUACGCCUGCAACGAAACAGUCGAAUGCAGUAGAGCCUUCUCUACGCAACACAGCCUCAAAUCUCACAUAAAAACUCACCAAAGACACGAAAAAAUUUUCAACCCGGAGGCUGUCGCUGAUACGGAAUCCUUCGACCCGUCGAAACCCGACGAAAACCUAAUUUUACCUGUUGACGACUCUAAAAACGGUUUUAUCAUGCACGAAGAUGGAAGCACUUCAGAUGUGGAUAAGCUGUUGAUGGAGAGUACUGCUCGACCAGACGGUGCUUUCGAGGAAAACAUGUACUACACAGUGGCAUCAACGACACCGGAAAAUUUACUCAAUAAUAAUUACGUGUUCACGCAAAUCAUGCCGGAGAAGCACGCCGCUGUCAUAGAAGAGGAGUUCGAGAUGGCCAAUAGACUCAAGGAUUAUGCCGCUGUAGCCACCGAAAACGAGCCCCUUCAGCUGCUGUUCAACAUCGGCACGGAGAAUAUCGAAAACGUUAAGGAAAACGAAACGUUAAUUAACACCAGGGACGAGUUGGAUGGCAACACCGUGAUAUCAGAGUUUCAAAAUUCCGGAAUAAACUUGGAUAACAUUGAUAUUAAGAAAGAUUUCGAUUUGUCGAAUUUCAACCUAAUGGACGACACUAGUAAAACCAACGGGCAAAGUAAAAUUAAAAUAUUGUCUCACAAAACCAUUUCGACCGGUGCGGAAUCUACAGAAAAUAAUACCGCGCAUAUUUUGUCCGAAGACAGCGGUAAUAACUCGGAUUGGAUGAGUUUAUUGAACGGCAACAGCUCAGACCUUAACCUGGAGGAACGAAACAAUAACGAGUAUUUCGUAUUAGGCUUAGAACAGAACCUCAACGCAACCAACACCAAUGACAACCUACUCGACAAAAACCAAGAUAUGCAGAAUUUAACAAAUCCCCCUCAACCGGAAACCUGGACAAACAGCAACAUUAAUCAGGACGGUUGCUGCGGUAACCCCAACGCUUGCUGCAAUACUUACCAAGAUAUACCAACAGCAGCACCGACUCAAUACGACAAUGUCCUCAACAGCCAGCCUUCCAUCGUGCAACCUCUCGUUUCCAACUCGAGCCCCUCCGAAGGCUUCAACACCAUGCUGAACUUGGCCCAGAGCCAGAUGUUCAGCUGCAAGACGAAGCCGAACUCGGGGCAGGGUUGCGUGGAAAAGGGAGAGCAAUGCUGCGUCGUGGUCUGCCUCAAGACCAUCGACCAAUUGAAGCAGAUGCUCACGUUAGCGGCGGGCUGCAAUAACUUUCAAACGCUGACGUUGGGCGUGACCAGGGGCGGCAAUUGCGGCGCGUGAUAUUCGACGUUUACUUACGGGUGUUAUUUUUUAGUCAAUAGCGGAUUAAUUGAAAUGUAAUGUACUAGUAUUGUAACGGAGUGCCAAUUUAUUAUAGCUUUUGUUUCUAUUUAUUGUUUUAAGGGCCGAUUUUUGUUUUUAAAAUUCCUUUUAACUGAAAGUAAUUGUGUAAAAAGUCGUUGGUUUUUGAUUAAAUUCGUUGAAACGUUACUUUUAAAUAAAAGUUAUUAAUAGAAAAUUAGCCAUGUGUGUAUAUUGAUAAUAAAUAUACUCA